UCCACUUGUAGAAGGACGAAAAAAAUAAAAAUCGAUCGUUGCAUAAAUCAUGCUUGUGCAAAGAACAAAAGAAGAGCGACACGCACAGGAGACGUACAGAUCCUACACUACAUCGAUUGAGGACACGACUCAAAGUCACUGCGACUCCUCAGUCGUCUUCCCUUUUUUUCCCGUCUCUCCCUAGUCCCUAGCCUCCCUCCACCCCUUGAAAGGAAAAAAGAAAAAAGCUCUUCAGGGGAGUUGGGAUUUAGAGGGAAAGAUGACUAUGGACAGAAGGCAGCGGCAUCGAUAUUAUGGAGCAGCUCUAAAACCUACCAGAUUUGAAACACGUUGGUGUCUUCUCCUGAUCUCUAUCUUCCUCUUUUUGAAUACAAGAACUCUUUCUUUUGAUUAUGGUGAUGCCUUAAGAAAGAGCCUCCUUUACUUCGAGUCACAACGUUCCGGUCGCUUACCCUACAACCAACGAGUCACUUGGCGUCACCAUUCCGGUCUCACCGAUGGCUUAGAACAAGGAGUAGACUUGGUUGGAGGAUAUUAUGAUGCAGGCGACCAUGUAAAAUUUGGACUGCCAAUGGCGUUCACUGUGACCAUGCUUUCAUGGAAUGUAAUAGAAUUUCAACAUCAGAUUGCCAUUGCCGGAGAAUUAGAACAUGCCUUAGAAGCAAUUAAAUGGGGCACUGAUUAUUUCAUCAAGGCACAUACCAGCCCGAAUGUGCUAUGGGCAGAGGUGGGUGAUGGUGACACCGACCACUAUUGCUGGCAACGGCCAGAGGACAUGACCACAUCACGGCAAGCUUACAAGAUCGACGAGAAUAAUCCUGGGUCAGAUCUUGCUGGAGAAACUACGGCGGCAAUGGCUGCAGCUUCAAUAGUGUUCAAGGGAACAAACCCGCAUUACUCUCACCUACUCUUGCACCAUGCCCAACAGUUGUUUGAGUUUGGAGACAAGUACAGAGGUAAAUACGAUGAAAGCGUGGGGGUGGUGAAAAGCUACUAUGCGUCGGUGAGUGGAUACAAAGACGAAUUGCUGUGGGGAGCUAUGUGGUUGUACAAGGCCACCGGCGAUGACAAGUAUUUGGAGUACGUCAUCGGAAAUGCUCAUUGUUUCGGUGGGAUUGGCUGGGCCAUGACAGAGUUCAGUUGGGAUGUCAAGUAUGCUGGCCUUCAAAUCAUGGCUUCCAAGGUAAAAGCAAACCUUUUCAUCUCUCAUUAAUUACAUGCUUCAAGUUCAAAAACGGCUAUAUUGGUUUUGGAAAUCUUUAUAGGAUUUUGCUUUUGUCCAGUUUCAAAGAUGAAAUAAUAUUAAUUUACUUUAAAUCACACUUUCACUUUUUUUUCUCUCUCCCCUUCU